CUGUUUUGUCAUUCUAAACUUUACGAAUUAGUCAACAUUUCUGAGCCGAUGAGUAAAAACACUUCUACUGCGAGGGAAGACACCAGCUAGCCUUCAACAUGACGACAACCCCAGAAAAAGCUGACAAGAAGGACAAGGAGUCUGGGCUACUGAGGAAGGGAUCCUCCUCCAAGAAACCACUCAAGGAGAAGGUGGUGCAGAUCUAUGAGUCUUUCUUCAAGGGAGAGGAUCCUUCUUUAGGAAACCCCAACUUCUGGGAUGAAUUUUUCUUAAUGAAGGCAAAUGUUGCAUACAUAGAGAAGACAUUCUCAAAAAUGACCCCAGAGCAACUUGUUGCAUUAAAGGACAACAUCAACCUGCUCUUCCACAGAUGCAUUCUAACCCUUAAAGAAGACUACCAGAUCAGGGUGGUCAAUGCUCUACAGACCAUGUGUGCACUGAUCCGGGGUGUGUAUGGUAAGAGUCUGGGGGAUUAUGGUUUUGACAUCAUCAACAUUCUGGUCGGAUUUGAUGCUGCCGAGGUCCAGAUGCAGAGACUGAUAGAAAGUGUCCACUCUAUCCUGACUGGAGAAAACCCAGCUGGUCUGAAGACUCUCUCCCUGAAGUUACUCCUCAUCCUUGCCACUGCAACAGACAACGUGAGCCAGAACACAAUACUGGAGUACAUCAUGAUCAACAGUGUGUUUGAGUCAGUUGUACAGAUAUUAGCAAAUCCAAUGUCUAGGCAAAUCCAUGGACAUGAUGCUCUCUUGCUGCUAACUAUACUGGUCAACUAUAGAAAGUAUGAGUCAGUCAACCCUUAUAUUGUAAAGCUGUCUAUUCUCGACGAUGAACUAGCGUUAAACGGUCUUGGAUGGGUGAUAUCAUCGGCCCUGACAGAUUUCAACAGAAAAUACAAAGAGAAAAAGGAAGAACCUCAGACUGGAUGGUUAUCUUCCAUAACGAGUAUGGUUGGCAAUAUCUUUGUUGGGGAUUCGGACAGCGUCAGUGCAAAAGUUAGAACAAAUGACUCCAUUCUACUAGCUCUGUAUGAAGCAGUUCAUCUGAACAGGAAUUUCAUCACAGUGCUCACAACAAGUCACACAGAGUCGUCCUCUGGUCCCUCCUCUCCAACAACCACACGAGCAGUGGAGGGAACAAGAGAAGAUGAGCUGGGGCCCCAGGCAGAUCAUCAAGGUGGCGAGGCAGUGCAAGGUCCACUACCAUCCACCCCUCCACCAGACUCCAGUCAGACCACCAACCACAUGGUCACCUUCCUCCAGUACUGCUCCAUUGUUAUGCAAGAUAUCAAAGACGAACAAAGACUAUGCAGUUUUAAGCUCUGUCUGGUCAUCCUUACAUGUAUAGCUGAGGAUCAGUAUGCAAAUUCAUUUCUACAUGACGCCAAUAUGAACUUUGUGGUGCAACUGUAUAGAAUGCCUAUGAGACACAGAAAGAUUGCUGUACCAAACACUUCUUCUAGGCCUCUGGCAUGUGCAUGGUUAGACUUGACAGUUGAGUUUAUAGUGACCCACAUGAUGAAGGACUUCCCCAUGGAACUCUACAUGAAGUGCCUGGGGAUUGUCCACAGACUGUUGUGUUACCAGAAGAAGUGCAGGGUGAGGUUACAGUACACCUGGAAGGACCUGUGGACAGCUCUUAUCAAUUUGGUGAAGUUCAUGAUAGCCCAGGAGGCUCACCUGGCCAGCAGACAUAACAUCUUCUACCUAGCCAUCAAGGUUGUGAAUUUGUUCAACCUGUUCAUCACCUAUGGCGACACGUUCCUGCCCUCCCCCACUAGCUACGAUGAGCUGUACUAUGAAAUUAUCCGCAUGCACACGGUCUUUGACAACCUCUACUCCAUGGCAUUAAGACAUGCUACUAACCAUGGGGAACACAAAGACUCGGCUACCAGACUGACCAAUGCACUGGUCAACAUCAGGGCAAUAGUUAACCAUUUCACGCCCAAGAUCGACUCUUGGUCAGCAGCAAAUCAUCUGUCCUCCCUGACAGAAGACCAAGUUCUGGAGGUUGUCCGUAGUAACUACGACACGUUGACGCUGAAACUGCAGGAAAGUCUGGACCAGUACGAGAGAUACGCCGAAAAACCCAAGGAGUCGGCAUUCUUCACACAGCUGGUUCGUUCAAUUAUAUCCGACUUCAGAAAGUCUAUCAAUGUCGCCGCCUUGCAGCAGGAAGCUGUACUGCAGGAGUUCUCACACAUACACUGAUUUAACUGUAUUCAUACUUUUGCACUAGCAAUGGUUAUUCUAUGUACUACAGCCAUAAAUAUUGAUAAAGUUUGACAGGCCCUGGACUGAUACUAAGAAUUACAAAACACCAAUGCAGCACAUGUUUUUUUCACCAAGCUAGUGGUAUAAUGUGAUCUUAUGUGAACUUGGCAGAAAAUUUCAAGAAAUAUGAAAUGAUGUGACUACAGAUAAAACAAGUGAAAGGUGCAUAGAUUGAUCGCUAAGAUGAAUUGUACUUUGAAUUGGUUUUAAGAAAUAAAGAAUAAUUGUUUUGUUAGUGUAGACUUAACUGAUAGCCCACCACAGUACAGGUAUCGCUAUGUGUUAUGAUAACAUGAUAUUAGAUUCACUAAUGGAGGCAUGAACAUAUAGCUGAAGAUUUUAUUGUUUUAUUUGUUGACUGUUCUUCUGAACUUAUGAUCCAACAAAUCCAAUGCAACUCCUAGGUAGUGAUUACAAGUAGAAGUUAACUACUGGCCCAUUUGUUCUGUAGGCAAUUAAGCUUAAGUAUUGUUAGAAUGCUAGGAAAAUUAACCCAAAUAGCUUGCGUAAUUUUUCCUUUAUCAAUGCUUGUGAUCAUUGCUGUGGUGAAAGUAACAUAUUUGGUAGACGGCUUAUUCCUCGCUUUUUUACCAAGUCAAGUUUUAUUGGUAAUGGGCCUGUGUUACCUGCCUGGCUGUUGUAAAAGAUGGCAAAAGUUAACCCUCAUCACAAGCGGAAUGGAUUAUUCCUGAAUUUUUGUACAGUGUUGUAUGAACCUUGUUUUAUUACAGUACUGGAAUGUUGUGGUCAGUAGCGAAAAACAAAACAAAACCAGUUGGAUUUUUUGUGAAAAUGGCCAGUAUGCCAGGCAAUAAUUGAAAAAAAUGACUAUUUCACAAUUUUUGUGCAAUCUUACUAAAUUCCAAUUUUCAGCUUAACUAGUUUUGUAUAGAAUAGCCCAAAAGCCCCAACAUUUCUGGGCAUUGAAGAAGAAAAUAAACUGUACACAAAAAUUAUACCUAACUCCUUCUUAAAAGUGGUGUUAUUUAGCCAUAUCUGCAAUGUGCUGAAUAUACAAUUUACAGUGCAGUGAUGUGUUUGAACAAUUGUUUCUAGUAUUGCUAGGAGGCACAUACAGGCUUUUAAAUAAAAUUUCCUUCCACUAACAACACCUUUAAAAUUGACAUAGGUUACAUCAAUACAUCUUGAUUUAACAUGUAAAAGAGUAUUUCUCUGACACCAUUCUUGCCUGAUAUUAAUGUAUGAUACUUGGAAAAUAAAAAUUUCAUUCACUUAAGGAUGCCACGUGUUGAAUCCUCAGUAAAAUGUGUAUACCGGUACCUUUGUUGUUUGUGCUCUGCAUCAUGUACACAACAUGGGUUUUGCAAAACUAGCAAUAGAUUGUUUAAGGAGAUCUAAGAUGUCAUGUAGGACUGGAAGCUCCAGAAAUACAAUGUGGUAAAGUAUCAUGUUAUAGUAGUACAGUAAUGUUACAUAGACGAAUACACAUUACAUGUACACUCAUUUAACUCUGUUUUAAAUAGGCAGAAACUGUAUAUAUGGUAUUAUUGUAUUAAAUGUACAUUUGUAAGUUGACAAGGGUAACCCAUGGUGGAUGAAGGGUCGCAAAGUAAUAUGGGCGAUUACAUCAUUGGGCCUCCUUGUCAAAUGUCAUCAGAGGAGGCCAUCUGCUAUUGCAUAAAGGGGGUGAAGUCUGCCACCUCCAUACCAUAAGCAUAACACAAUUAAACACAUACAGUAGCUAGUCCUUUUGAAUUAAGUAUAAAGCAUUAUCGGGACAAGUGUUAUCUGUGAAUAAACCAGCUGCCUCAGAUCUACUAGGAUUAAACCA